AUGGCCGACUUUCGGCAGCUGGCCCUCGACUUUGUCCUCGAAGACGAUGAGGCUAAACUCACAGAGUUGGCCCAGAGGGCGGCCAAAGAGCUUGAGAGCACAGCGGGCUCCAACCCUGUCGCUCGGUGGGUAGAGGCUGUACAGCCGUGGAUGCCUGGGAACAAGGAGACCGAAGACUCACAAGAAACUCCAGAUUGGACAUCAAGAGCCAAGGCUUUGGAGUUUCUAUCUCGUACACUGGACUUUGUGAAGCCAGAUCUCUUCAAAGCAGCUCAAGUGAAACUAUUAAUUGCCUUUUUUGGCGCCAUGCUUGACAUUGACCACAAAGCCGGCGUUCUAGCUUCAGCUUCAGCCCUGUCUCGAAUCAUUGCAAUGAAAUGGUUUCAGCCAGCCAGCGGUUAUGAUAUCAUCGAAAAAGUAUGCGCUAUGAAAGAAGAUUUCCAGAGACAGACUCCCAAGACUCGUCUUGCCGUCUAUGAGCUGCUGAGGUCCCUCUUGGCUACCCCUGAAGUUGCAAGCAAUCUGAAGCAAAAGGACGGCGCCUCUUGCUCGUAUCUGCUUAAUUUGCUGGAGCUGUGCCGGAACGAAAGAGAUCCGGACUGCUUGAUCGUAUGGUUCGAUAUUCUUAGGAACUUUCUUCAGCAGUACGACCCUUCAGAUGAAGUUGUUGAGAAAGUCUUUGCUGCUUUCAAGGCGUACUACCCCAUUACCCUACCGCGACUGUCUCAAAGUGGCAUCACCCCGGAGGACCUCAAAUCUCAGCUUCGAAAGUGCUUCUCGUCGACAUACCGUCUUGCCUCUCACUCUUUGCCUUUCCUUGUAGGCAAGCUUGACCAAGGCGAUGGGGUUACGGUAAAUGUCAAGGUUGAUGUUUUGAAAACUAUAAGAGAGUGUCUGGAAGAAUACACGAACCCAGAGCAAUCAAUCAUCCCAUACGUUGGUCGGAUCUGGGGCAGCCUCAAAUACGAAGUCCGGAAUGGAGAAAUCGAAGAUGCCAUUUGGGCCACCCUUGAAGUGCUCAAGACCCUCGCGACAAAGCUAAAGGACGAUAAUCUCCGCAACUACACCCUAGAUGUGACGCGCGAUUGCGUUAGCGACUUGUCGAAUUCGAUGUACACGACUCAGGCUGGCCGUCUCAUUGUCAGUGUCCUCAGUGCAAACCCUACUGCGUUUGUUCUCAUGGUGGCGCCGACCGUUACGCACUUAAAGGAGAACUUGCGGCGUCCAAAGUCGGCGACUCAUACGCAAGAUCUAUUCAAGAUACUCAAUGUCAUCUUGGAGACGCGAUUGCUGCUGUCGCAGACUCAGAUGACGGAUGAGCAAAAAAGCGAUUUUGCCGCUGUUGAUGGCGUCUUUAAGAAUCUUUAUAGCGACGUGUACUCCUCUCCCAUCACAGCUUCAAGCGAACAGAGUGCCACCGAGGAUGAUAUCAAAAUUGCAGUGGAAGCCGUCCAGGGAGUCGGCGCACUGGUCUCCCAAAGAGCUAUACAGUUUGGAUCGGAGAGCGACGCUGCACUGCUUCUUCCCAAGGCUCUGUGCUCUGAAAUUGGCUUAUAUGUGUUCUAUAUUGCCCUGCAUGGGUUUGACAGCAGUUAUCCAUGCUCGAGCUCGGACGAUCUUCUAAACGAGACAGCAAAGGCUUUGUUCAGAAUCAACCAAGCUCACCCAGCAGGUUUCAGGCCUCUGAUUGAUUGGUUUGUGACGGUCAUCCACGGCAGCCGUCAAGAUGGAAGCGACGAAGCCAGCGAAAAGAUUCAGAAAGUAGCUGCUUUGCUAGCCUAUGUUGGAUGUUCCGAACUAUCGAAAACACCCAUCGAUACGCGGCGCCACUUCUUGUACCUAAUCCAUGUCAUGACCACGGAACUAGAUACAGCAAUCAAAACAAAUGCCAACAAAAAAGUUUGGUGUGCGCUACUUGUCGGCAUUCAGACAACUUCCCGCUACUUCAACGACGCUUGCUUGAAGCAUAGUCCAGAGAAAGACCAGGCAUUUGAUGGUACCAUGUGGCUGUAUCGAGUUAGCUACAAGUUCCCCGAACUGCAGGCAUUUGUAGAAGAAAAGGAAGAGCAAGACGGCAUCACACCAAGUUACGAUACUGCAGCACCAGCAAAGGAGCUAACUGCCACUGCACUUCGAAAUGACUUUUUACUCAUUGGCCUUGCCAUCGUCCGAGGCCUCUAUCGCCGAGCCACAACUACAGUUGGCCCUAUCGCUGGGUCUACGAAGCCUGCGCUUCAGCUCUGUGAUAGCUUGUCGAGUUUGGACGAUCCAUCCGAGUACCGCUAUCUUCAGCUUGUUUCUGACUUUGCGAGUUUCGUUCUUCGCGAGAUGGGUGAAACCCAGCAAGUAUCGCUCAAACUCGACCAUUACCUGUUGAACCUGUUCCAAGAUGAAAUAAUACCAGUUCCCAUUACCCUGCCCGAGGAGGGGAGAAGGCUCAGUUUAGACAAAUACACGGAUGAAGGGGGGUCUGCAUGGGGCUGGUUGACUGAAAAGACGGUCAAUACUCUUUACUACGGGCUCUUGGAGGCUAUGAGGCCGUCGGUUAUUGCAAAGCUGUUUGAUUAUGGAAUUGCUCAAGAGCUUCUAAUAAGCAGCACCUUGAGCGCCUCCAUCACUCAGAACCCAGUCACAAGGCCGGUAACGAGGUCCAUCUUGACCAUCUUGGCCAAUAAAUACAAGGUGGAGGAUCUCAGCUACGUAAUGGCCAGGCUGGAGGGCCGAUUAGAAUCUGCUCUACAUAAUGUCCAGAACUCUUCCGACAGCGACGAUGCUUCUCGCUACUUGGAGCAAGUCUCGUCCAUUUAUGCAAUAGUCAGCGGUAUUGUCCGUCGGCCAGGCGGCACACAAGCCCGAGGCUUGAUUCAAACACUGCGCGACGCUCCUCGAAAUGCAGCCACGGGCCAUCUUCUGGCUCGGAGGAUGGAAAUGAUUGUUGCGCCGCAGCAGUUCUUGUCAAAGGACAGCUUUGCUGUGGUGAAGCCGCUUUGGACGCAAAAGUUGUAUUUUGACUUGGUCAAGCCCAUGCUGGAAGUCGCUACAAGCCAAGUUUCCGAGGCUGAGAGCCAGCUCAUCAAGACGAACUACAGGAUUGGUGUUUUGUCCAUGGUCAAGCACAUGCCCUUUUCCAUCUGGGAAGACGACUCGGUCGAGAUUCUACGCGCGUCGGUGGUGUUAUCUCAAACCCUGGGCGCGGGACCCGACACCCUGCCCGCGCUGCAGAUACUCAAGACCAUUCUGGCAGAGUCAUCCGACAAAGCCCAAGAAUUCAUCAAGAGCCUGAUCAACAUCGCACUGCCCUGCUUCUCUCUCAAAGUCGCCGCAGAUCGCAAGCUGCCAGACUGGCUGCCCCCCAGCUACGUUCCAGCAAGGAUCCGCCCCGACACCGAAGCUGAAUGCGGCAGACUGGCCCUGGAAAUCGUCGGUGCGCUACCACGAUUGUUCGAAUCGACCUACGUGGUGCCCUUUGUGCCGCAGAUCAUUCCACAACACAAAAUGGAUCGCUCGCUCAGCAUGGAGGAGGCUUCGCCGUCUUCGCGAGUCAACAGCCACAACGUCGCAGAGGCAGCGGAUUAUUCUGCUGGUCAAAAGAAGAAGAUCCUAUACGUCCAUCAGCAGCACCGGCAGCACGACGGCUCUUCUGCUCAACAGCAGCAGCAAUUGAGCAGCAGCCCUGAGAGGGAGCCGUACAUGGAGCUGGAGAGGAGGGGCAGCAAUGAGGCUUCGGCGAGGCGGAGGCCUUCGCAUUCGGGGUCGGGAUUUCUUGGGACGAUGCGAUGA